GUCCCACAGAGAAAGCUGGCCGGAUAAAAGGCGUAAAACUCGCACCGCUGCUUACAAAGAUCACAGGCUCGCUCUGCCCCGCCGUCCCCAACUCGUGGCUGCAUAGUCUUUUUACUCCACAAACAAUGGCGGCCGGACGGCGGCAGCACCAGCUGCAGCUGCGCCUCUUCCUCCUCGCCGCCGCCUUGGCGUGCUCUCUUCACGCCGCGGCGGAGAGCACGGACUUGGACGCCCUGGCAGUCCGGCACAAGCCGUCGAAACCGAGGCCGAGGCAGCGGCACAGACCGGGAGGGGGCCGCGGCACCGGCAGCGGGAUGGCGGCCUGCAACAUGUUCCAGGGCAGCUGGGUGUACGACGACACGCUGCCGAUGUACGACACGGCGCGGUGCCCCUUCGUGGAGCCGGAGUUCGACUGCCAGAAGUACGGCCGCCCAGACAAGCUCUACCUCAAGUACCGGUGGCGCCCCGCCUCCUGCGAGCUCCCGAGGUUCAAUGGACAAGACUUGCUGAGCAAAUGGAGGGGGAAGAAGAUACUGUUCGUGGGGGACUCCAUCAGCCUGAACCAGUGGCAGUCGCUGGUGUGCAUGCUGCACGCUGCCGCGCCGGCCUCCGGGACCACCCACAGCAGGGGCAACCCAGUCUCCACCGUCACGUUCCAGGACUACGGAGUGUCGGUGGCGUACUACCGGAGCACCUAUCUUGUGGACAUCGUCGAGGAAUCCAUCGGCCGGGUGCUGAAGCUCGACUCCAUCUCCGGCGACGCGUGGCUCGGCGCCGACAUGCUCAUCUUCAACACCUGGCACUGGUGGACCCACACCGGCAGAGACCAACCAUGGGACUUUGUGCAAGAUGGAGGCCAGGUCAUGAAGGACAUGGACCGGCUCACGGCCUUCUCCAAAGGGAUGUCCACAUGGGCCAGAUGGGUCGACUCCAAGGUGGACACCUCAAAGACCAAGGUCUACUUCCAGGGCAUCUCACCGACCCAUUACAACGGAGCUCAAUGGGGCGAGAGCUCCAGGAGCUGCGCGCAGCAGACGCAGCCGAUCACGGGGCCGGCGUACCCGGGCGGGCCGCUCCCGGCGCAGGGGGCGGUGAGGCGCGCGCUGAGCGGCAUGUCCAAGCCGGUGUUCCUCCUCGACAUCACGCUGCUGUCGCAGCUCAGGAGGGACGCGCACCCGUCCGCCUACAGCGGCCAACACCCGGGCAACGACUGCAGCCACUGGUGCCUCGCCGGCCUGCCUGACACCUGGAACCAGAUCCUGUACGCGUCGCUGCUUGCGUAGGAAAAACACAAGGGACAUGUGACUGUUGUUUGUUACUACAAGUUACAACACCGUUUUUGCUGCUAUUCUUUUCAUAUAGUAAUGUUAAUUGUUGUAUUUAAAUUGAUGAUCAAUCAACCUGAAAACACCGUUUCGCUGCUAUUCUUUUUCAUACAGUAACGUUAAGUGUGUGCUCAA